AUGUUCAUCCUCUCUGGUCUUGCUCUCCUCUUCACCGCGGGAUUCCGCUUCGGUGCUGCCCAAGUGGCCAACUGUGCUCGCAACUACACCGUCCAGCUCGGUGACACCUGCGAUGCGAUUUCUGCUGCUCAGAACGUUUCUACCUAUCAGCUCGCUGAGGUGAACACCAACAUCAACGUGGGGUGUACCAACUUGGUUUUGGGCGAGGUCCUUUGUCUAGGCAUUAUCGGCCAAGAUUGCACGGACACUUACGUGGUUGUCUCAGGGGAUAACUGCGUUGCUAUUGCUGCUGCUGAGAAUACCACGUACGACGUUCUGUUGGCCAAUAAUCCCAAUGUGGAUUCGACCUGCACUAAUAUCUAUCCAGGAGAGGUUCUGUGCGUCGCACCUGAAGACGUUUACGCGUAG